AUUUAAUUUGGCAGCUUCCUCCACUGACAAGGCUCCUGACCUGGACUCCACAUGACUCCACCAGGAAAAGUCCUCCUGACGGUGGUGCUGGUGGUGCUGUUCACGCAAGACAUUUUCUCCUCUAAAGCGGAGGAUCGGCUAUUUCGGCGUCUGUUUCGGCGCUACAAUCAGUUCAUCCGUCCGGUGGAGAAUGUGUCUGACCCGGUCACUGUGCAGUUUGAGGUGUCCAUCUCACAGCUGGUCAAAGUGGAUGAGGUGAACCAGAUCAUGGAGACCAAUUUAUGGUUGAGACAUAUUUGGAAUGAUUAUAAGUUAAAAUGGGCACCAAUAGAGUUUGAUGGAAUUGAGUUCAUCCGAGUCCCAUCCAACAAGAUUUGGAGGCCUGACAUUGUGCUGUACAACAAUGCAGUCGGGGACUUCCUGGUGGAGGAUAAGACCAAAGCCCUGCUGAAGUAUGACGGCACCAUCACGUGGGUGCCCCCGGCCAUCUUUAAGUCCUCCUGCCCCAUGGACAUCACCUACUUCCCCUUCGACUACCAGAACUGCUCCAUGAAGUUCGGCUCGUGGACCUACGACAAGGCCAAGAUCGACCUGGUGCUGAUCGGCUCCAAGGUCAACCUCAAGGACUUCUGGGAGAGCGGCGAGUGGGAGAUCAUCGAUGCGCCGGGCUACAAGCACGACAUCAAGUACAACUGCUGCGAGGAGAUCUACCCCGACAUCACCUACUCCUUCUACAUCCGCCGCUUGCCGCUCUUCUACACCAUCAACCUGAUCAUCCCCUGCCUGCUCAUCUCCUUCCUCACCGUGCUGGUCUUCUACCUGCCCUCCGACUGCGGAGAGAAGGUGACCCUCUGCAUCUCAGUGCUGCUGUCCCUCACCGUGUUCCUGCUGGUCAUCACCGAGACCAUCCCGUCCACCUCCCUGGUCAUCCCGCUGAUCGGCGAGUACCUGCUCUUCACCAUGAUCUUCGUCACGCUGUCCAUCGUCAUCACCGUGUUCGUGCUGAACGUGCACUACCGCACGCCCACCACCCACACCAUGCCCGCCUGGGUGCGCAGCGUCUUCCUGCAGGUGCUGCCCCGCAUCAUGCUCAUGCGCCGCCCCAUGGACCAGGAGGGCAAGAGCGCCGCGGGCGAGCGCGAGCAGGAGGGCAGCGGAGGCGCCGCCGAGAAGGGGAAGAAGGGCAAGGGCGGCGGGCAGGGCUCCAUGAACUGCCUGGACUUUGGGGAGAACAAGCUGGGCAUCGAGGGCAAGAAGUGCCCGCGCCACACGGGGAAGGACACGCCCGAGAGUGAGUGUGGGAAGGGCAGCCGUGCGGCGGGCUCCCCAGCGGUCAACGCCGUGGUGGCCUUCUCCAUCAUCUCCCCCGAGAUCAAGCAGGCCAUCGAGAGCGUCAAGUACAUCGCUGAGAACAUGCGGAGCAGGAACAAGGCCAAAGAGGUGGAGGAUGACUGGAAGUACGUUGCCAUGGUGAUCGACCGCAUCUUCCUGUGGGUGUUUGUGCUGGUGUGUGUGCUGGGGACGCUGGGUCUCUUCCUUCAGCCCCUCUACACCUUCCUGACCUAAGCCCUCCCCCGGCGGACUCCUUCCUGACCUAAGCCCUCCCCCGGCGAACUCCUGGACCGCGUGUCCCCACGCCCCUCUCUCCUGGCACAAUAACUGACUGUGUUGGCCAGCACUCACCUGGACCCAGCUGACCAACCCGGACCUGUGCGCACUGACCCGGCCCAGCGGGGAACAUCGACCGGAUGUGGCCAGUGUCCACUCACCUCACCUGCUCCGCAAAAAUAAUGAUGUCAAAUCAUAGUGUAGUGUAACAAAUCAACAAAGGCACACUGCUCUGCUCAUAGAUAUCUUCCACUAACAUGUUUGUUGACAAGAGAAGCAAAUUGUAACUUUAGUGGAAUAUGUCUAGACUAGUGUAUCAGUGUUAAAGAAAUCAUACUUUUUGACUUUAAGUGUACUUGGAAAACUUUACUUAUCUUUUCUAAAGCUUAACAGCAAUUAAUUAAACAGUGGCUUUGAAUAUAUGGUGUC